AGUAUUUACGUUGUGAACUUUUUAAAUAAAGCAUCAACUACAUAAUAAAAGUUCAAUACCUGUUACUAUAAUAACUCAAAAACUUCCAUUUAUGGUAAUACAAAUUUUUUUUGGGAGAGUUUACACGAGACAUUUCUUUGUCCAUCGUCGUCGCACAAAAUCAACCAAUCAUACGUCUAAUCAGAAACAUUUCCCAUCGCUAACAUUUCCACUUGAUUUCCACACAACGGCGACCUCAGUUGUCAGUGUUAGUUUGGAUUGUGUUGUGUGUAGUAUUGUGUGCACCUUCUGUGAUUUAUACACCGACCGUGCAUAAGAUCAAGUUGAAGUUGUAAAAAUUUGACGUGCACUGUUUUGAAGCCCACAUUACAGUAGUCACAGUAGUGCAUCCGUAAACUUUGUCAUAUUUUGAUCGAGUGUGAAGAGAUACAAUUUAUAAGCUUGAGAGAGUACCGGUGGUUCGCAUGUUUUGAUUAAAACUGUGAAAAAAUAAAGGGUAAAAAAACAUGACAUCCAAACCUGAAAUAACGCUCGAACAUUUUUACAUUUUCAAUGGAGAUUAUGCGAAAAAAGAGGGAGAGGAACACAAAAAAAUAUUAUAUUAUUAUCCGGAAAAGACAGAUAUGGACACAAAGAUGAGGAAUAUCGGCCUUAGCGAGGCCAUUAUUAAAUUUACCAAUUCUUUCAAUCCAGGACAAACCUGUGAUUACUGUCAUACGCACAAAACUCGCCAGAUUUAUUUCGAACCAGAGCCAGAGUUCUGGAUGGUGAUGAUUGUUGGAGUGCCUUAUCUAUGGAAAGUCAAAGAUGGGAAUGAAUAUAUGGAAUAUCAGAAUGACGAAGUAUCCAGUAGCGUGUGUCAAGCUAUACUGAAACAAGCAUAUGCCAGAUUCAGACUAUUUAUGGGCUCUUUCAGAACCAUUCUUGAAGAUCCUAGCUGCGGAUCUGUAACGCUCCUUCAACAUAAACUUGACUACUUUUACUCUGAGUACCUUCUAUCAUUGAAACUGAACAACGGUGAUAUUCUUGAUAUAUUCCAAGGAUUGCAAUUCCUGCCACUGGACAAAGUGACUUUUUUGAGGGUGCAAUGUUUCAUGAACCUGGUAGAGGCGACGUUUCCCCAAAUAAAGUACACAGCUUUUCUCUACAAUGAUCAGCUAGUAUGGAGCGGCUUGGAGCCGGAGGAUACUCAAGUAGUGUACAAUUAUUUAGUCGGUACUCUGCUUCCGGCUCAUUUGGAGAAAGAGCUUCACGGAGGAUCAAUGCCACGAAAUUCGCCCUCCCCGUUUACCAGUUCUCAUUAUGGUAAAUUCGUAACGGGCACUUCAAGCAUCAACGAAUCGAUUGGCAUCACGAAAUCCCCCAAAGUCUUCAUCAAUUAUCCAAACAAUCCAAUUUCUUUGUAUCUCGUCGUUUAUAGCGCUCUCAGCGCUACCGUUUGUCUCUUCAUAGACAGCAAAACUAGCCUGCUAAUUGACUUUCUCAAGAGUCUAGAUGCCUUCCUUGGGCCCCGGUUAACUACUUUGGUUAGUUCUGUAGCCGAGCAAUGCUCCAAGCACGUCGUCGAUCUCACCGAAUCUACGCCCAAAUAUCUCUACUUUAACAAGCUCAAUUUAGCAUACAAAAGUACGAUACAUCCGGAUAACAGACGCUGCUCCAAUGUCCUCACUACUCCAGAAGUUCUGAGGAUCAUUACCGACAUUAACAAUGAUACCAACAGGAUGAAAGAAGCUGCGGAAAUCGUGAUAAAGACAAUGAGCGACUACUGGGUAGUCGGAAAAUUAUCGAAUCUGCGAGAAUUUUUUGUCGUGAUACAGCAGAAAAAUGCAAACAUCAUCGAUAUCGAGGAUCAAGUCAAGAGACUCUGCGAGAAACAACUCAAGAGUAUUUUUUUCCACUAGUCGGCGAGAAAAAUGCGUAUUCAAUCAUUCCAUAGGCUUGGGUAACGACGAGAAACUAAAGCCAGAAAACCAGCGCUGUUCCUACCGCCUCAUUUUUCUUUUUCACGAGAUAUUUGUAUAAAGUGCCUAGCGAAUAUUGUACAUAAUGAUACUCAAAUUAUAUUAUAUAUACACACACCAGGUUGAUCAAGGAAAAACUGUACAUUUUUGCCUGAUAUUGCAGACUAAUAUAUCACGAUUUUGUGAAAAAGUUAUUUUCGUGGCUCUGGUAUUUGUACAUAGCGAUUCCAGUCCCAGAUAGAAGAAAAUUUUGAAAAAUCACUGAAUGACUCAUAUUGUUGCAAGUUACUUUUUUUUGCGUUGUAUCAAUACGUUUAUUUGCAAGACGAUGAAAAAAUAUCGACUGAUUGUAACCGCCCUGAUACACCGUCAGAAAAACACAGAUAGAACAUGUAUAAAGAUAUAUCCGUUUUAAGGGAAAUCUAAUGAAACAAUUGAAAAUUAA